AUGUUUCGGCGCUCCCACGGCAGCGGCCACGACAAGGCGCUCAACCAACUGUUUGACAAAUACAAGGAGGAAAGAAAGGAUGUGAUUGGCAUUGCAGGGACAGAGCAGCUGUGCGCAGACCUGGAGGUGGACCCGUCCGAUGUUCGGGUGCUGGCGUUUGCGUGGCGGCUGGGCGCGUCCAAGAUGUGCCACUUCACACGGGACCAGUGGGCAGCGCUGCGGGACUUUGGUGUCAAGUCCGUGGCGGACAUGAAGCGUGCACUGCCAAAGAUCAUGGACGAGGCCAUUGCAGACUUCAAGAGCUACUACGAGUUCACAUACACUUUUGGCUUGGACGUGGACAGAGGAGAGCGCACGCUGCCUGCGGAAACCGCCAUCGCACUGUGGCGGCUCGUGUUCUCCGACCCGCGCAAGCAGUCUGUGCACUUGGACAGCUGGCUGGCCUUCCUCGAAGAGAAGAAGGUCAAGGGCAUUUCAAAGGACACGUGGGACCUGUAUCUUGUGUUCACGGAGACGAUCGACAAGGACUGCACCAACUAUGAUGCCAUGGAGGCGUGGCCAAGCCUCCUCGACGAAUAUGUCGAGCACUUGAAGGGCGGCGAGUCGCAGUAG